AUGCUUUGGAAGACGUCGUGGGAAUAUAUACCAGGCCAUGAUGUGGAGGGUUGUUUGGCGGUGCGGGGCUCGAAUGUGGUAGGGACAAACUGUUGGGUUGACCCGGAUUGCUGCACCGACAACGAGCUCUGGGAGUUUACGGAAGAAGGCCAGAUCGUCGAAUCCGCGACCCAACUUUGCCUGACAGCAGUUGAGGUUGAAUUAAAUGCAUCAGACGCCCACAUGAAGACUGUAGUCAAGACGUGUGAUGCGGGAGACCCUAUGCAGAGGUUCGUGACAAACAGCGAGAGCUUUCAGCUUCAGCUCGAAGGGGACCCCAGCUUAUGCUUGGACUGGGAUGCUCGCGGUGGCGUUGAGAGGUUUGAGAAGUACCCUGUCUAUAUGUGUGAAUGCAACAACACGCAUACCCAAAGGUGGCUCAGUGUGCUCAAAGUCGCAAAGCUUCGGACCAGCUUCACAGAUGGCGAAGAGAGUUGCCUGUCUUUCGACAACAUCAACGUGGAGGGUGGUGAGUGCAGCCAGGCACCAGUAUGGAAUUGGCGGUUCUCGACAAACCAGUUGUGGACCAAGUUUUCGGAUGAUAUCCCUGAGCUCUGCCUCAUGCGCAUUGAGUUCGUCCUCACCAUACAAGACGUGGUGCUCGCCCCGUGUGACAGCACAAAGCUGGAGCAGAAGUUCACGAUACUUGCAGAGAGGACCAUCAAUCUGCUUGAAGCUGAUCGCCGCCCCGGACGUUUGCUUUGUUUGGAUUGGGACGUGGAGGCCCGCUACGAGAAGGACAACGUCUACAUGUACUAUUGCAAUGAUCAGCUCAACCAGCUGUGGCUGCCACUUGCUCCCUGA